AUGGCGUCUUCUAGUUCGGAGCGAGUCCCGAUAACACCAACGGCUACAACCACAUUGGCGAAUUCUAGGGUUUCAAGAAACCCUAGCAGCGAAGAAGAACAGCUCAAGGCAGCGACGUUUGACGAAAAGAGGGAUAACGAAGACGAUGACCUAAUCGCUUACGUGGCCAAGCCAGAAUCUGAGCUCAAGGAAGCGACGUUUGACGAGCAGAGGGAUAACGACGCCGACGACCUAAUCGCUUACGUGGCCAAGCCAGAAUCUGAGGUCAAGGGAAGCUGGACGCCUAAGCAAAUCCGAUUUGAUGCGGACGUAAUGUACAGGAUUUACUCCAAGGGUUUGGUGAGCGAAGAGAGUGGGAGUGGGAGUGGGAAAGGGAAGGUGGUGGCUGGGUUUGGGGUUGCCAUUUGCGACCAGAGGGAUGCUCUGUUGUUUGAGUCCAAGGGUCAGCUGGAUUGUCAGAGGGGUGUGGAGAUUCAGGCGUUGACUCGUGGCCUGAUGGAAGCGUCCAAGCUGGGGAUCAAACACGUCACUAUCUUCUGUGAUUCUUUUCCCAUUUUUCAAUACGUCAGGGGAAGCUGGACGCCUAAGCAAAUGAAGAUAUCCAUGCUAAUGGAUGAUUUGCAACGGAUCAGGCAACAAUUCACGUUUAGUCAAGCUGUUCUGGUGGCUGGAAAUGAAGUGAAGUAUGCUUAUAAACUUGCUAGGGAGUCAAUUGUCUCGCAAGCAACCCCUCCAGGCCAAGCAAAAGAAGACUACUGUCAUAUCUGUUUCAACAACAUCGAUCCCAAGCGCAUGUUUGGUAUCGGCAAAUGCAGCCAUCAGUUUUGCUUUCAGUGUGUGAAGCAACAUGUAGAGGUGAAGCUGCUUCACGGAAUGAUUCCGAAUUGCCCUCAUGAUACAUGCAAGUCUGAGAUGGUUAUCGAUGCGUGUGGCAAGCUUUUGACUCCAAAAUUGGAGGAAAUGUGGAAGCAAAGAAUCAAGGAUAACGCAAUACCUGUCACAGAGAGAGUUUACUGUCCUUACCUGAGGUGUUCUGCUUUGAUGUCCAAAACCAAGAUAGCUGAAUCGGCCAAGAGCUUACCUGGAGUCAGGAGAUGUGUGGAAUGUCGUGGUCUCUUCUGUGUGGACUGUAAAGUCCCGUGGCAUGGAAAGCUCUCUUGCAGUGAAUACAAGAAACUCCAUCCUAAUCCUAAUCCUCCAGCCGAUGAUGUGAAGCUAAAAUCUGUGGCAACUAAUAAUAAAAUGUGGCGCCAAUGCGGAAAGUGCCAACACAUGAUUGAAGUUACUCAAGGAUGCAAUCAUAUAACUUGCAGAUGUGGGCAUGAGUUUUGCUACAACUGUGGAGGAGGAUGGAACAAAACAACAGUGACUUGUGUUAAGGAAUGCCCGACCUGGGACGAAGCAUAUAUCGUGCGUCAAGAUCCAGGGCGUGCGUAUGUGGCGCCUAACAACUACUUUGAUGAUGAUGAUUGUGAAGCUGAUGAAGAUUUUGAUUACGGCUACACUGACUUCCCCUUUAAUUUGGGCCAUCUUAUGCAUGAUGUUUAUCCUACGGUUGGUGGUGGCAGGAAUCCCAAGCCUGCUCAACAAGAAUCUUCUGUUGCAGAACCCCGUAUACAAAACGAUUUGAAGGGUGAGAUGAAGGCCACAGGCCAUAUCCUCUCUACUAAACAUUCUUUCUUCAACGUUCUUAAAGGCGACGCCUGCUUGUUGUGGGACGUUCCCGGGAAAAGACCCAGCCAAGAAUUGGCUGCAAAGAACUGGAAACGCGCUAACCACGGUGGCCCUGUUCGAAACCAAGGAGAUCAUGACAACUGCUGGACUUACACGUCCACAGACGUCUUCAGCUGUCAUCGAUUGAAGAACAAAGAAGACAAGGAAUUUCGCGUUAUGUCCGCGAGAUAUCUCACUUUCUAUGUGAGUAAGACUCAGCGAAAAAAAAGCAGUCGACGACGUGGAAAAAAAGCAAGGCGCGAUCAUAAAUGCCACGGGUACCCAGUUAUAAAAGGUCUUGAGUUCAUCAAAGAGCAUGGAGUUCCAGCAGAAAAUCCUGCGGAUACCAAAAAGGAUUACAGCUGUGUUGAUAAUCCUCCACCUCGAGAUGAUGUAACCCUGUUCCGUUUUGGUGCUGACGUCGAGUUCCUUGAAUCCAAUAGGAUUGAAGAUCUGCACGAGAUGCUUUUGCACCAGGCAGUGUCUGCAGAUAUGAUACUCUAUCAACCUGAAUACGAUGAUACUCGUUCGUCAAACAAAGUCUAUGAAGGACCUUCAUCGGUGAACUCACUUUAUAUUGGAUGGCACGCAGUCUUGGUUCUGGCUAUCCUACGGAUUGAUGGGAAAUGGGUUGCGCUGGUUAAGACUAGUCAUGGAGCCGGCAAUGGUAAACAUGGUUAUAUGUAUAUUUCCCUAUGCAAAAUGCUUUUGAACGUCAAGUACACUGCUAGGACCAAUUUAAUCAGGCAAAUUAAAGAUGAGGAAGCCAAGGUUGAAACCAUAACUACACCAUCAUACCUUCUUAGAAAAUUUACCGGGGUUAACUAUGCUGCUGCCAACUCAGUGUCAGGUCAAAAGAGGAAGAGAGACUGA